GCUACACGAUGGAUGCUUCGCUUGACAACAAAGUGUCGAAUGUCAGCCUCAUGGGAAUACAUCACUCGGAAACCCUCAUCCAAUGUUCCUCGAUAUGUUGUGAUGAACGUUGUGCAUGUUUUGGCUUUAAUCCUCAACUAAAGAAGUGCCGUAUCCAUCAGUCAUGUGACCCAUCAGACAUGACCAUUAAUGAAACAGGAUGGAGGAAUUUUUACCCUGACGUCCAUAGUUGUAUAGAGAUUUUACGAAGUAACCUGACAGUGAAAGGACAAGAUGGGGUAUAUUCGAUAAAUAUCAAUGAUCAGAAAAAGAGUGCGUACUGUGACAUGACUACAGAUGGAGGGGGCUGGACGGUUAUCCAAAAACGACAGGAUGGUUCUACAGACUUUUAUAAGACUUGGGCAGACUACAAGAAAGGAUUUGGAGACCCAUCCAAAAACUACUGGCUUGGAAACGAUGCAAUUCACUAUUUAACCAAGACAAACCAGGAACUACGAGUAGAGCUUUUGAGUUUUGCUGAUGAGAAGGCGUACGCCCUGUACUCUGCAUUUAAAGUUGAAGACGAGGACAGUAAGUACCGGCUUACGGUAUCAGGAUAUUCAGGAACAGCGGGAGACAGUUUGGUUUCUCUGAAUGGAAGGGAUUUCACUACACGGGAUCAGGAUAACGACAGAUGGAGCGGUAACUGUGCGGUUGAUCGCCACGGAGGCUGGUGGUACAAUUAUUGCGCUUACGCCAACCUGAACGGAAAAUAUGUGGGGUCUGCUCUGUCUGCAUGGAAAUACCCGGUCUGGUAUCAUUGGAAAAAUAAAAAAGUAGCACUAAAAGGGACUGAGAUGAUGAUUAGACCCAGAGAUUAGCAUUAAUAUAUACCGCAUUUUUCAGAAGACUGAACCGUGUCCUGGAUAAACUUAUUUAUCUAUGAUGAAGAGAGCGUUGUGACGAACGGUUCAGAAAUAUAAAUGAAAAUAACAGGCAUAUCCACAAUCUAAUUGUUCAAUGAGUAGUGAACAAUAUAUUUCUGUAUAGAAUAAUCGAGUUGUUUUCAUUCUUUAAUAUAAGUCAUUGAUUAUUAAACUUUGACAAAUGAUCAACAAAUUAUAGGUGUAACAUGACCUGUAUCAACACGCGGAUGUGAUGUGUGGUAAGUUGUCAUGAUAAAUUAUUGUAGAUAUCGUAGAUCUACAGAUCUAUGUGAGAAGCCUCUUAAAUAAAACGCAUGUAUUCCAUCAAAUGAUCAUCAUGAGGACAUCUUGUUUGGUAAAUGCAAAUAAUCAUCAUAAAGUCAUCUUAU